AUGGACCCGGCAGCGCUGGUGGAAGCCGUCGUGGAAGAGCUGGCCUGUCCCAUCUGCAUGGCCUACCUGAGGGAGCCCGUGAGCAUCGACUGCGGCCACAGCUUCUGCCACAGCUGUCUCGCCGGACUCUGGGAGGUCCCAGGGGAAUCCCAGAACUGGGGUUACACGUGUCCCCUCUGCCGGACUCCUGUCCAACCAGGGAACCUGAGGCCUAAUUGGCAGCUGGCCAACGUGGUGGAAAAAGUGUGCCUGCUAGGCCUGCACCCAGGAAUGGGGCUGAAGGGCGAUGUGUGUGAGCUCCAUGGAGAACAGCUAAAGAUGUUCUGCAAAGAGGAUGGCCUGGUCACAUGUGAGACCUGCAGCCGGUCCCCUGAGCACGAGGCCCACAGCGUCGUGCCCAUGGAGGAUGUUGCCUGGGAGUACAAGUGGAAACUCCACGAGGCUUUGGAACACCUGAGGAAAGAGCAAGAGGAGGCCUGGAAGCUGGAAGUUGGUGAGAGGAAACGAACUGCCACCUGGAAGAUACAGGUGGAAACCCGAAAGCAGAGUAUCGUGUGGGAGUUUGAGAAGUAUCGGCAACUACUAAAGCACAAGCCGCCAGGUGAGCAGCUGGAGGCAGAGGCAGCCUCAGCUCUCGCCAGCCUGGAGCGGGAGGAGAGGGACACGAGGCAGAAACUGGAGCUGAGUCACGACACGCUCAUCCAGCAGAGUCGGGUUCUGUGCCGGCUGAUCGCAGAGCUGGAAGAGAGGUCUCAGAGGCCUGUCCGCUGGAUGCUGCAGGGCAUUCGGGAGGUCUUAAACAGGAGCAAGUCUUGGAGCUUCCAGCGGCCAGAACCAGUCUCCCUGGAACUGAAGACAGAUUGCCGGGUGCCGGGCCUGAGAGCGAUCCUGAAGACGUAUGCAGCUGAUGUGCGCCUGGAUCCCGACACUGCUUAUUCCCGCCUCAUCGUGUCUGAAGACAGAAAGUGCGUGCGCUAUGGAGACACCAACCAGAAACUGCCCGACAAUCCCGAGAGAUUCUACCGCUAUAACAUCGUCCUGGGCAGCCAGUGCCUCUCCUCAGGCCGGCACUACUGGGAGGUGGAGGUGGGAGACAGGUCCGAAUGGGGCCUGGGAGUGUGUAAGGAAGAUGUCGACCGGAAGGAGGUGGUCUAUUUAUCCCCCAACUAUGGCUUCUGGGUGAUAAGGCUGAGGAAGGGCAGUGAGUACCGGGCAGGCACUGAUGAAUACCCCCUCCUGCCCUUGCCAGUCCCUCCCCGGCGGGUGGGUGUCUUCCUGGAUUAUGAGGCCCAGGACAUCUCCUUCUACAACGUGACCGACAACGGCUCCCACAUUUUCACUUUCCCCCACCACCCCUUUCCCGGGCGCCUCUUGCCCUACUUUAGUCCUUGCUACAGCAUCGGUGCCAACAACACCGCCCCUCUGGCCAUCUGCUCCCUGGACGGAGAGGACUGA